CUGGAACCGAGAUGUCAACGCUACGAGGAACAAGGCUUUUUUGGGUAUCAAUUUGGUCUACCAAGUGGAUCGCCCAGAUCCUUUCAAUGUUUCCGUUCCGCAUCCACCUAGUGUGCAUGUCACUGACGUCGUGCAAGCGGCCUCGCCCGCGUAGGAUAGAAAGCUAUAACUAGAUUUCUUU